AUGCCUAAUAGAUAUGUUGCUAAUGGCUGCAAUAAUAUUAGUUCAGUAAAUGGUAUAAUUGUCUUUCAUUUUCCAUGUGACUCGGCUUUAAGAAAUAAAUGGACACGACAAGUGAAAAGAACAAGGGAUAAAUGGAAAGGACCUAAUACUAAUUCUGUAGUGUGUUCAUAUCAUUUUUCUAAGGAUGCUUUUGAAGACCCUUUAUAUGGUACCUCAUUUGGUUUGAAAGUAAAAAGGAGACAGAAGAAAGAUGCCGUAACAACAAUAUUUAAAAGGAAGCAAAAUGAAGAUUUACCUCAAGCAAAGAGACCUGCUUAUGAGUAG